AUGUUUUCUGAUAUUGAUCCUAUAAUUAAUUCUACUAUUCAAAAAAUACAACAUGAAUAUUUAAAUGUUGAUGAUUAUGAAAAUCCAAAGUUAAAUGCAUAUCUAAAUGAUUUUAUUAAAAAAAUUAUAGAAUUUGCAGCAGCUGUAAUUUGUGAAAUUAAUGACAGAUUUUCACAUAGAUCACAUGAAAAUAAUGAAUCCAAUAGAAUAUCAAAGAAUAAAGAAAGUUUAAUUGACUAUAGUGAGGAAAAAUUAAAAAAGUUAAUUAAUAUUUAUGGAAUAGCUAAAGAGUCUAAUUAUCCAAUGCCAAUUAUUGAUGCUAAUGCUAUUUGUAAUGAAUGGAAUAAUUUUAAAGCUAUAGUCCUAGCAAAUUAUGUCAAACUUUCUACUAAUGAUUUCCUUCCACUAUUAUUUUAA